CAAGUAUAUAACAAGUAAAUCGCGCUAAAUUUCUCUCAGUCUCAGUCCGCGAGCGGGGCACUUGCGAAGAUGUCAGCGAUCACCAUACGCGCCAUGAGAAUGGAGGAUUACGAGGAGGUCGAGGCCUUUCUCGCGGUGCACUUCUUCAAGCAGGAGCCGCUGAUGCUGAUCCCCCAGGAGGAUCCCAGGCAGAGCGAGGUGAUUCCCGCCGAGGCUGAGCUGCACCGCUCGCUCAUUCCCCAGGAUCUCUCCCUGGUGGCCGUCGACGGGCAGCGCAUUGUGGGCGUGGCUCUGGCUGGGGAACAGGUGCCCGAGGACCUGGAGAGGGAGUACCAGGAGGCUGAGCACAAGGAGGUCGCGUGCCUGCUGGACAAGAUACACAAGUUUCUGGCCGGGAUCGAGCGGCAGGCCAACAUCUUCGAGCACUACGGAGUGGAGCGGGCCCUCUACCUCUACAUGCUCGGUGUGGACACCUCCGUGCGGCGUCAGAGAGUGGGCACCCGCCUGGUGGAGGCCACCAUUGAGCUGGGUCGCCAGCGGGGAUACUCCGUUGUGACAUCCACCUGCACCAACAUGAACUCCAGGCGCCUCAUGACCGCCCUGCACAUGGAGUGCGUCCUCUCGAAGGACUACGCGGACUACAAGGACGAGCACGGGCAGAUCGUCCUGCGGGCAUCCGAACCCCACACCUCCGCCAGUGUCUUGGCCAUACGACUGUAGGAGUGGGAAAGGUACCAAAGAAUAUAGCGCCACAGCCGAGUUUUAACCUCAUGUGGCAAAAAGCGUAUGUAGAUAGACAUUAGACAAUAAAGGGGGAACUCAUAAGAAACUUAACCGAAUUGGAUAGAUAAGAAAGCUCUAGAAAGGGUAAUAAACAUCAUAUUGCUUUCAGUUCCAGUUUAUAGGUAAUCAAACCAUAGUCAUAAGUGCUUGUUGUUGACUUGUAGGGUGUUAAAAAUAAAUAAGUAAG